GCGCUCAACGACGCCAUUAUUAAUCAUCGAUCACCGCGAACGACACGUGCUCAUCAGUUUUGUUCAGCAGUUUUCACAGUGCAGAUCAUAAACCAGGCUCAAGAUCACAUUCAAGAACAGCUCACAAUCCGCAGCAACUGUGCAGUGCAACCGGAUUGCUAAGGGAGUAGGUACAGUAUUCAUACUAUGCGAAGUAUUAACAAAGGCUAUGUAUACAGCAAUAUGGUGCAAGAUAAAAGAAUUAGCUCCAAUGCUUCAUAAGAAUUUAAAAUUUACAAUUACGGAUUAUGAAACUGCAGCGAUGGUUACAUUGGAGCAACAGUUUCCUUCGAGCAUUGUAAAGGGCUGCUGGUUUCACUAUAAUCAGGCAGUACUACGAAAAUGGCGCCAUUUAGGUCUCACAGAUGCACCAACUAAAGUAUUGUCAAUGGCAAUGACUUUAGCCUUAGUUUCUACAGAUCUUUUUGAACAACGUUUUCUUGAAAUUGAACGUGAAGCAGCUUCUUUUAUUUCUGAGUAUGUUGCAAUUAAAAUUUUUAUUGAAUAUAUACGAUCCACAUGGCUACCAAAGGCAGACAAAGUUUCAGUAAACGAUUGCCCCAUGAGAACAAAUAACAUAACAGAAUGUUAUAAUAAUAUUGUUUUACUGAAAAUGGGAAAAGGCAAAAAGAACAUUGGAUAUUUUUGGAAAAACUAGAACAACUAAUAAUGGAUGAAGAAAUUAAAAUAAAGAGAUUAAAUGAAGGACAAUGGGUACGUCGUAAAAGCAACA